ACUUUUGAGUCGAACAUCAAACAUCGAGCGGAUCGCACCGGUACUCGGACUCCCGGCAUUUCUUAUUUUAAUUAAAUUAUAAAUUAUUUAUUGUUUUUUUUUUUUUUUGGUUGUCUUUCGGCGGCAGCUUGUAAUAAUGUUAUGAAUUGGAAUUUAAAGCGUAUUCGAGAGUGUGUUUUGUGAUAAUAAAGUGGAAAUGUAUCGAAAAUGCCGAUUUUAGCGGCAAAUGCAAAAGGCGGCAAGGGCAAUAUAACAGAAAUAAGAACAACAACAUCGAAAGACUCAAGGGGAGAGCCAAAAAACAAGAGCAAACAUUUAUAAAGAUUAUUGUUGCCAAAAAUAAAUACCAAUUUAAAGGCCCAGCAGAAGCCGAAGCAGCCAACAGUUCGUUAAAACCACAACAACAACAAAAAAGAUACCACAAAAACCGACAAACGAAAAGAAAAGAAUCAACAAGUGCAACAGCAUCCAAGACCAAGUCCCGAGACCAAGUCGGAAAAAGCUAUAAAAUGUUCAUAUGACAGUGGUCACCUCCAGAACACCAAAACCAAGUUCCAGUUCUUACCCUCUCUGUCUCUCCCGCCACCCAUUUCUAUUGCGCUUCUCUCUUUUCCCUUGGUCUCUCUUUCCCCCUUCAUCCAAUCUCACGUAAACCGAUCCAAGUUCAAGUGCAAUCCCCACCCCCCUAAAGGAGAGAGGCCUUAGACAUGCGUAGACCAGUUGCCUCUUUGAAUCGUAAUCAUUAUUUUGUCAUUGGCCUGCUAUUGGGACUCGUCUUGAGCUUCUACAUACCGCAGGAUAUUUGGGAGCUAGUCCAGCAAGAAGAAUGCCCACAAGAAGCCGCUGAGAACUUACUAAUCGAACGUUUUGGCCAGGAUUUUGAGCCACAUUUGAAUUUGAUCAAUAAGCCGCUGGCGGCCAAAAAGCCGGUAAAAAAUGUGAUACGUCCACGAUAUUACUCCUCGGAGCUGGGCAUUCGUGAGAAGAUCUUUAUUGCUGUGAUGACCUCGCAGGAGCAUAUCAACACCUUUGCCACUGCCUUCAAUCGGACCACUGCCCAUUUGGUUAACAAAAUAAAAUUCUUCAUCUAUGCGGAUAGCGUGAAGGCCAAUUACAAGCUAAAGAAUAUUGUCGGUUUCACCGAUACCCGUGAAAGUCGUCGACCAUUCCAUGUGAUUAAAUAUAUUGCGGAUAACUAUCUGGAUGAUUACGAUUAUUUUCUUAUGGUUCCGGAUAAUGUCUAUGUGGAUGCACGCAAACUAAAUACCUUGCUCUAUCAUAUGAGUAUAACAUUUGAUCUUUAUAUGGGCGGAACUCGCAAUGAUAAUAAUCAUGACAAUGCCAAACAGCAGCAGCAACAAUAUCCAAAUUAUCAUAAUAGGGAAGGAGGUCAAGAUGGUAACGAUAAUGCGGGAACACCGCCCGAACCAGUGGAGGUCAGUGAUCGCAAUUAUUGCUCCCUAGAGGCGGGCAUAUUGCUGAGCAGCAGUGUCAUACGCAAAAUGCGUAACAAUUUGGAUCGAUGUGUUCGGAUUGGAAUUAGCAAUGAUCAUAGCAUUAAUAUUGGACGUUGUGUCAAAUAUGCUAGCCAUGUGUCCGGCUGUCAAGAGUCGUUUCAGGGCAUGCAACAAUAUAGCUAUGCUUUGAACAUACAUGACCGCCAUCGUAAGGAUCUCAGUGCCCUGGCAAAGGAGCAGGCAUUCCGUAAUGCCACCACAGUCUAUCCAGUGCAGAGUCCUGAAGAUUUCUAUCGUCUGCAUGCCUACUAUUCCAAGCAUCAUCUGGAUCUGGUGCAGGAGCGGGGCUAUGCCUUGGAACAGAAAUCCUAUCGCAUAGCCAACGGCAGCAUCUCAAACAAAAUAUUGGAAAUUCGUUGGCCAUUGGGUGUGCCACCGGUUAGUACACCAGAGACACGCCACGACAUCCUUACGUGGCAGCUACUAAAUAGCACACAUAGCUAUCUGCCGCAUGGCAAUGCCGAGCAUACGGUGGCGCCACUUAGUCGCAUCGAGGCCAUUGAUUUCGCCAAGGUCCUAGAGAUUGGCCAACAAUAUGCCGCAUUAAAGCAUCCGAAGCUUAGCUUUCAUAGUUUACACAGUGCCUAUCGUAAAUUUGAUGCCACACGAGGCAUGGACUAUCAAUUGCAUUUGAAUCUACAGGAGGGAUCGGGCAAGAAUCGUCGUUUGCUGCUCAAACGUUUCGAGGUGGUCAAACCCCUGGGCCGUGUGGAGGUUGUACCCUCGCCAUAUGUCACAGAGAGCACCCGUAUAGCCAUUUUGUUGCCAUCCUUUGAACAUCAAGUGCCAGAUGCCUUGGAAUUUGUUGACCAAUACGAACAAAUCUGUAUGCACAAUCAGGACAACACUUUCCUGCUACUGAUCUUUCUUUACCGCCUGGACUCACCCAGCAAGGGUGAUGACGAUCCUUUCAAGGCUUUGAAGACCUUGGCUCUCGACUUGUCCUCAAAGUAUAAGACAGAUGGCUCACGCAUUGCCUGGGUUAGCAUACGACUGCCCGAACAUAUGAGCGAAUCCAUCAGUCCAGAGGAUUGGAUUCUAUAUGCCUCAAUGUAUGGACCCAGGCAGCUGAUCAGUCUGGCCGUUGCCGAUUUGGCGUUGCCCAAGCUGGGAUUGGAUUCCUUGGUGCUAUUGGCCACAGCGGGCAUGGCAUUCAAGGCGGACUUUCUCAAUCGAGUGCGCAUGAAUACCAUUCAGGGUUUCCAGGUAUAUGCACCCAUCGGUUUCCAAAUGUAUCCAUGCCGCUGGGCACAUUACUGUAAGGAGUGCGAUACCUGCGAUGUUAGCCAGAGUAGCGGUUAUUUCGAUCGUCACAAUCAGGAUGUAAUUGCCUUCUAUAGUCGCGAUUAUGUGCAAGCGCGAAAACUUCUGCAUCCUCAGGGUUUGCCUAUUAUACGCAGCGAUUUGGAUAUUGAAGAGCUACUCCUGGCACCAAAUCGUCCUGAGGGUGUCACGAGCAUACUGGACAUGUUUGUGGCCGCCCAACAUACGGUCCACAUAUUGCGCGGUGUGGAACCCAAUUUACGCUUCGGUCAGAAUGUGCGCAAUCAUUUGGCACGCGGUGGUUCCCUGCCCACUGGUAUAAGUACUGGCGAUGCUGAUGCCGAAGCGGCGGAUACCAGGCGAUGUAGUAAACCCGGCAAGGCACACUGCAUACAUUUGGCUUCACGUAAACAGAUCGGUGAUGCGAUCAUACGCUACGAGGACAAAAGUAUUCUUCACAAAUAGCAGCAAGUCACAAAUGCUUAGUCAGCUCCAGCUGUUGCUCCGGCCUGUAAUAUCAUCAGUUCCUUUUUUAACUUAUAUAUUGUAUAUUUUCAAACGUGUCUCUGUGUGCGUGUGCCUGUGGGUGUG